UGUUAUGAGACACUUGCCAUUAUUAUGUUGUCAAGCAACUGAAAAAAGACCAAAUGUAAGAGCAUGUCACAACCUCUGACAGUGUCCCAAAAUGGUCGGACCCCAGAGGGUUAAGGUCUCACACAAAGUGAGAAAUGUUGACGAAAGGAGGCUGCUGUUAGCUUUGGAGUCGGGCAGGGUCAACGUUCGUAAGGGACGUUGCCCUGUCGCCGGGUGCGGAAAGUAGACUUCCAGGCUGGAUAGGCAUCUCCGGGGGCACAGCGAGUUGAUGGCCACGGCUCAUUGCGACCGCCCCUUACAGAGAGGAGGAGCGGGAGGAGGACGAGGAAGAGGACGAGGGCCACGAUUGCACGGAGAGGUGCAAGAGGCAGAAGACGAGGCUGAAGGGUCUAGUCAGCGACCUCAACAAGCCUCAUCCGUCGCCCCAGUGCCCAUCAGACCCAGCAGGUGAAGGAGGUUAUGAGGAAGCUGCUGAAGGCACUGGAGGUUCCGGCAUAGGAAGAUGCCGGGACUCCGGCCGUCACCUCGCCGCCACGCUCGCCCGAAUCCGGGCCGUCGACCUCGCAGGCCGCGGAGGUGGAACACCUCGGAGAGAGAAGCCCCGCUCACUUUUAGGACCACGUGGCGGUUCUGAGUGAGUUUAGAGGUCUUGCCUUUCGCCGGCAUCCUCCUGUCUAUCGUCUGUCACGCUAACCUUUAUCUCUUUCUUUUCUGUCUCUCUUUAGACGAGCUCCUGGAGUCCUACAGGAGAAACCGGAUCCGUCACGUAAGCUCAAGGAGAACGUGAGCGGGAAGGUUUUCCGCAUCAAAUCCUUUGUGGCCCACAUGGCGGAGGGGCAGGCCAGGCUCCAGACGCUGACCUUCUUGGAUGACCCCGAGAAGAUCCAGAGGUACGUCGCGCUCCCUCUUUCUGCCGUCGGUAUGACGUUAGCGUGUCGCGAUUAACCAAUUCUUUGUGUGUGUUCGCAGGUGGGUCGGCAACCUAGGGAGGUCCAAGAUCACGGCCACGACCAUUAACCAUUAUCUAAAGAAUGUGGCCCAGUUCCUGGAUUUCCUGGCCGAGACCCCUCCGAAGACCUGCCGGCUGUCUAAAAACGGCAUGACGAGGGUCCGACGGGAGGUCAGGAUGCUGCUCAGGUCAAUGAAGCGGCCGGUGAUGAUGCACCAGAUGGAGGUGAAGGAGAUCAAGGAAGGACAGCUCAUCUCCAAGCAAGUGCUUCGUCACUGCAACGCCGAGGCCAAAAAGGCAAUCCCGCGGAUCCUCGACAAGCUGGAGAAGGACCUCUUCCAGAAAACACAAUACAAUUUCUACGGGCACUUGACGGCCUACUUCGCCUCCAUCUACGGGCACAGGUGCGGGGUGUUUCAGAACCUGGCAAUCGGGGAGGUGGAGAAGGCCGUCAAGUCGUCCAGCACCGGGUCCUACCUGAUAAACGUCAAAUUCCACAAGACGAACCAGGCCUUCGGCCCGGCCCAGCUGUCGGCGACCGUGGAGGAGUUCGGGUGGUUCCACAGGUUCCUGGCCCUUAAGAACCGCCUGGUCGGCAGCAAGACGGCGACCUAUUUUUUCUUUACAUCGACACCCAAUCCCUGCAAAAACUUGAACAAUUAUUUUCAGGGGGCUUGGGUGUCGAUGGGGCUUCCCGGGAAGCCUAACUUCACUGACCUCCGGACCUCCAUCGCGACCCACGCCAAGAACAGCCACAGCGUGGACAACCGGCGGAAGGUGGCACAGUCCAUGUGCCACGACACCUCCACGGCCAACAAGUAUUAUGCCAUGAACCUCAAUUCGAGGCAGGCCGUGGAGCACCGCCGGUUGUUUGAGCAGGCGCUGUUGGGCGAGGAGGCGUCACCGGAGAAGGAGCAAGGGGUUAAGCGAAAGGCGAAGAGUCAGCACUGCCGGAGCGGGAAGCGCGCCGGAGCGAAGGAGGCCUCGCCGUCCGAGUCGACGUCGAGCAGCAGCUCCAAGGAAGAGGAAAAGGUCCCCUUCCAGGAGUCUGGGGUAUCCACCCUCGACUCUCCAUCGAGCUUGGAAACGUACCCCACGAACCUGGAAAGCCCUGACCGAUCGUCAUCGUCCUCCUCUUCCUCGGUCGUGCCUCCGUCGACCCGGGCCUCUCCGGACGCGGGCUCUCCGGAACUGUCCGUCCCCGAACGCGCUACCACCCGGGACUCCGUCAUCUCCGAGCCGGUCGUCCCGUUGCCCGCCACCAUGGAGGUUACCAUGAUUGCAAAAUCAAAAGGAAGGUGGAUGUAA